ACAUAGUUAAAUACUUAAAUUCAUGACAACAAUGUUGUUUCUCCUUUGUUUCCUACUCGUUCAUCUUAGUGGCAUUGCAUGCAACUUUGCCACAGACAAAGAAGCCCUUCUUUCAUUCAAAUCCCAAGUCAUUGACCCCCAAAACACACUCUCAAGCUGGACGACAGACUCCCAGCAUUGCAAAUGGUACGGUGUGAAGUGCUCCAAUAUUGGAAGAAGGGUCAAAUCUCUGAAUCUAAGAGGACUGAGCCUCUCUGGAAAAUUACCCUCUCAACUCUCCAAACUCACUUACCUUCACUCACUUGACCUCUCUGCCAACUCAUUCCAUGGCCAAAUUCCACCAGACAUUUCUUACCUUUCCCUUCUCAAUAUCCUUUUCUUAUCUUCCAACAACCUCAGCGGCACAAUUCCACCGCAGUUGGGACAACUCAAACGUUUACAUAGCUUGGAUUUGUCUGUGAAUAAUCUCACCGGUGAAAUCCCUUCAACGUUGUGCAAUCUCUCAUCUCUUAAGUAUCUUGCCAUUGCAAGGAAUCACUUGUCAGGUGAAAUUCCAACUCAAAUAGGAAACCUUGGCAAUCUUUCGCAGCUUCAACUAUCGGAAAACGAUCUCAGCGGCCAACUUCCCUCUUCACUCUUCCACAUCUCUCAGUUAACAUACUUGUCUGUCACAAGCAACAAUCUCUCAGGAAAGUUUCCAGCUUCUUUAGGAUUUUCACUUCCAAAUAUAAAGAAUCUCUCCCUUGCAACAAAUAGGUUUGAAGGGCCGAUUCCUCAUUUCAUAUCCAAUUCUUCACAACUUGAGUACCUUGAUCUUUCUAACAACUUCUUUAAUGGGAACUUGCCUUUGUUCAACAACUUUGAAAAUCUUGUAUACCUUGCUCUUGGAAACAAUUCUCUCUCUUCCACCACUUCCUUGAAUUCUCAGUUCUUUGAUUCCCUCACAAACUCAACUAAGCUUCAAGUUCUCAUACUCUAUCACAACAAUUUGGCUGGAGAACUUCCAAGUUCUAUUCAAAAUCUGUCUACCAAACUAUAUUGGUUCUGUGUAGCUGAUAAUUUUCUCACUGGUAAGAUUCCUCAAGGAUGGAAGAAACUUCAAAAUCUUGAGUUUUUAUCUUUUGAAUCCAACCAUUUCUCUGGUGAGUUGCCAUCAGAGAUCGGAUCUCUAAGUAAUCUGGUGGAACUUACAAUAGAUGACAAUGUAUUGUCAGGGGAAAUACCAGAUAUUUUUGGGAAUCUCACUUCUCUGUCUAUUAUUUCAAUGGCAUACAACCAAUUCACAGGUAGAAUUCACCAAAGUAUAGGACAAUGCAAGGGACUAAACUCUCUUUAUAUUGGAAUGAAUAAGCUUGGUGGAACUAUACCAAAGGAGAUUUUUGACCUUCCUGGCUUAGUACACUUAUCCGUUGGAGGAAACUCAUUGCAUGGAUCAAUUUCAUCUGGCGUGAGUACCAUGAAACAGCUUGAGACAUUUGAUGUCUCCAACAACCAUUUUUCAGGUUCCAUUCCUUCUGAAAUAGGAGAAUGUUCUACCUUGAAGAUACUUGAGAUGGGGAGAAACAAUUUCAGUGGCUUAAUCCCAAGUACUCUAGGGAGUUUAGCAUCCUUGGAGACUUUGAAUCUUUCAUCAAAUAACCUCAGUGGCAUUAUUCCUGAAAGUUUGGAGAAGCUGCAGGAUCUAAAUACAUUAAAUUUGUCUUUCAACCAUUUGGAAGGACAAGUUCCCAUGAAAGGAGUUUUCAUGAACCUUAGCCGGGUUGAUCUCCAUGCAAAUGACAUGCUUUGUAGCAUUGACAUGGAAAUUGCAAGGAAGUUGGGGAUACUUUUAUGUCAUGUAGGCAAAAAGAAGAGACAUAUUUUACUCCCUAUCAUUCUUGCAGUUAUAGGUGCUACUAUUCUUCUCAUUUCAAUGCUUUAUCUGUUGUGGAUAGUAAUAUUCAAAAGGAGGAGAAGUAGAGAGAGCAAUGUCAAUUCAACAUCUGCUCUAGUGAUGGGGUUACCCCAAAGUAUGUCAUACAAUGAGAUACGGAUUGCCACAGAGAAUUUCGCAGCUGAAAAUUUGAUCGGAAAAGGAGCAUUUGGAUCUGUUUACAAGGGCGAGUUCACCCUAGACACCGGUGAAACCACCACCUUUGCUGUUAAAGUGUUGGACAUGCAACAAAGCAAGGCUUGUAAGAGUUUCAAUGCAGAAUGUGAAGCUUUGAAGAAUGCAAGGCACCGGAACCUAGUGAAGGUUAUUACUUCUUGUUCCAGUCUUGAUUCUAAGGGAGAGGAUUUCAAGGCACUUGUUAUGCAGUUCAUGGCAAGUGGAAACUUGGACAUGUGGUUACACCCAAAUGAUGAUGAGUCAGGAUCAUCUCUUUCUUUGUUGCAAAGAUUGAACAUCGCCAUUGAUGUUGCUUCAGCUAUGGACUAUUUACACCAUGAUUGUGACCCACCAAUAGUCCACUGUGAUAUGAAGCCAAUGAAUGUUCUUCUAGAUGACAACAUGGUUGCACAUGUUGGAGACUUUGGAUUGGCAAGGCUUCUUCCUGAAAAUGCAACACAGAAAGAAAGUGGCACACUUGGACUUAAGGGAUCAAUAGGCUACAUUGCACCAGAAUACGGGGAAGGAGGGAAGGUUUCAACAAGUGGAGAUGUGUACAGCUUUGGGAUCUUAGUGCUGGAGAUGUUCAUAGGAAAAAGGCCAACUGAUGAAAUGUUCAAAGAAGGGUUAUGCCUAAACAAAUUUGCCUCAGCAAUGGAUGAUCAUGAGAAUAAAGUAAUAAUGAAGGUUGGUGAUGGAAGGUUUCUUACAAAUGAGAGUAGUGAAUAUUCAACACAAAGCUAUAGCAUUGAGGUAGAUAACCAUAGUGUGCAUCAUUGGAGGCGCAAAGCAGAAGAAUGUGUAGAUGCAGUGAUAAGAGUAGGGUUGUCAUGUACAGCUCAACAACCUAAAGAUCGUUGCACCAUGAGAGACACCUCAAUUAAGUUGCAAGCAAUAAGAAAGUCUAUGUUGGCCUUGUGAAUUUGAUAUUGAUAUGAUUUCAUGCUCAAAUUAUUAUGAUUA